CAGCACGAGUAACGCAAAAUCGCUUUUAGAGACAUUAAAUGAUUCAUUUGAGCAGCUAGAUCAAAUUGGUGCACCGAGCGAUUUUGGGUUCGCAGCUGCAGCGCACGGGCCGCAAAUGCAAUACUUUGUUCCCGUGUCGCAUGAUCAAAUUCUAAAUCAAGCGUCGUUAGAGAGUCGUCAAAAUAGCGGCGUCUUAUUGGUGCCAAAUUGUAACUCGAAGCGGAGGAUUUACACAAGGGAUUGGAAAGUGUCAUUUUCGGGCGAGCAGUCCAGUAAAAGGUCACUGGCUAGUUUCUUGCGGGAAAUCGAACUUAAGCGAAAAGAGAGCAAUUUGACAGACUCCGAGUUUUGGGACACUGCCCAUCAUUUAUUUGAGGGUAGGGCGAAGGCUUGGUUUCUCAUGAACCACAAGAAGUGGCACUCGUGGGUGGAAUUUGAGCCGCAUCUGAUUGCAAAUUUUAAACCUCCAGAUUAUGAUGACCGGUUAUGGGAUCAAUUGCGUUCGCGCAGGCAAGCCCGCGACGAAAGGCUUAAUUUGUUUUGUUCGGAAAUGGAGACAUUGUUUUCCCUGCUUAGCAAUCCUCCAUCCGAGCGGGAAAAAUUGGAAUUUGUAAGAAAGCGAUUGGCCCCAUAUUGGUUGCAAAAUCUGCCCUGUGGCGAAAUUCACAGUUUAGAUGAUUUGCAAGGAAGAGGUUUGAGUUUGGAAUCAGUGAAGCACUUGAUUGACAAGUAUAGAGAUCCGCAGGCGCAGGAAGAUCCUGUUGAGCCAGAAUUUGCGUAUAAAGUCAGUGAGAAAGCGGACAAGAAAGAUGAGAAAGGGAAAGUUAGUGUGGCAGAAUUGUGUUGUGUUGGUCACACGCCUGGUGAGAUUUGCUGUGCUGCACUUUCGUACCGAAAUGCAAGCGCGGGCGCUCGUUCAGGGGUUCGGCCGGCGCACGACAAUUCGCAGCGUGCAAAUGCGCACCUUUCUGCUCGCGCGCGGCAGCAGAAUGUGGGCAGUAAUGUUUCUAAUGGGCAAACUUUGAUUCACGCGCCACAGGGAAAUGCAUCGCAGCAGUCAAAUCUCGCUGUUGCGGCCAAGGUGUGUUGGAACUGUUUCCAGCAGGGACACAGUUUCAGAAAUUGCGCACAGCCGCGCAGGGGAGCUUUCUGCUGGGGAUGUGGGAAAGACGGGAUCGUGCGUAAAAAUUGUAUUUCUUGCACGAAUUCAAAAAACCCGUCGGGGGUCGCUCGUCCGGUAGCGCAAAGCGACAGCAAACCCCACAAUAUGAGUCAAGUGCAAGGCGCUCAAACAAAUCUUGGCAAAGGCACAUCUGGAAACUAAGAACUGAUUAUGUUCGCGAAAAAUUAGGCGGAAUUUUACUGAAAUGUAAAGGGGAGACGCUGAGCGAGAGUAGCGAUGAACUGGAGGUGGACAAAUUUGAUAAUAGAUUAUUUUUACGCGUAAAAAUAUUAGAUAAUCCAGUUGUUGGUUUACUU